AUGCGGCCUCGCACGCCCAAUAUAAUACAAGACGCACACGACGUAGCAACCUCUUCAACACACGAUUUCCAGCAGCAGCAGCAGACAGAAUUCAGUCAAGAAGAAAUCGACACCGACUCAUAUUGUUGCCGCAUCGAUCAAGCAGUUGCGUCGUCCUCGGAUGUCUCGUUCGAUCCGCUAAUCGUGGAAGAAGAUCAUCCACAGCAUCGAAAACGACGAAGACGACGGCCCGAAUUGCGGAACGUCGAAAACAAUGUCGACGAAGGCAACGGUAUCGACGAAGACGUCGAUUAUUUAAUGAAGAUCACAGCAGCAGCCACCAACAUUCCUCCUAUAAAUGUACCACAACCGCAAAUAUUGUCAGACUCGAAGAAGACCAGCUCACCGAGACGAUAUCGAUUAAACACUGAUAUACAGUCUCGGAUAUUUAGAGUAAGUUGGAUUUUCAUUUUUUUUUUUCAGACGAGGGAGGGUUUUAAAAAAUAUCCAAUUUUUUUUCGAUUAAAUAAAACUUCAUCAUUGAUCUCAAGGUAAAUUUCCAAAAAAAAAAUUCUAAAAAAUUAAAGGACCCCCAUAGAGCUCCACAAUAAUUUUUUUUAAAAAUCGAUUUUUUUCCAGGUGACAUUAUUAAUCCAUCUAUUUUCUUUAUUUGCGUGUACAGCUACUUCACAUUUUGUAAGAUCACAUGACCAAUCAACAGAAAACUCUAAUUGUACAUCAUUUGCAUUUUCAACAGAAGUGAGUUAUCAUAACUUAUAAUUUUUCUCCUAUUUUUUACAAAAAAAUUUUUUUAGCAACGAAAAUCAACAAACUUCACCCUGAAAACUUGUCAAAAAUGGAAGAAUUCUUCAAUUGAACACAUUUGCAAACAUGAUGCCAAAAAUCGACCCGCAAUUUUGUCCGAUAUUUACCUAUUCACCGAAUAUCAACCACUAUCUUUAUUCGAUGUAUGUUUUUUUAAUCCACCCACAUCAAAAAAAAAACGCUUUCAAUAUGCACUUGAAAAUAUAUAUAUAUAUAUAUAUAUAUCUAUACAUUCAUAUAUAUAGCAUCUAUCCUGAGCUAUGUCUUUAUUUCUCUCGAAACCCUCUUCUCUUUUUUUUCUUUGCUCGAAAUGUGACCCAUGGGAACCAUAUUUUGAAAAUGUUUGUCUUAUGGAUAUCCGCACAGGCCAUCGAAAAAAAAACGCGAAACACACGGACAAAAAAAGUCUAUAAUUUACUGUUUCAGAUUUUUGCGGCAAACAGCAAGAACAAGGCGAAUACAUCGGAAUGGCGAUUGAUAAAUGGUGUGAAUUCGACGAAAUGUGUUUUUGGGAAUCAAGAUGAAUGUGGGCAUUGUUUCAAAAUGUUCAAUGGUUAGUCGAUUUUUUUUCUGAAAAGAGGUGGAAAAAUAUUCAAGAUUCAAAAAAACUAUAUUUCAAGUACAAAAAUUUUAAAAACACACCAAACUGAGAGAGUGUCUGUGUUUCUCUGCCACUCUCUCACUUUUCUGUAAUCUCUCUUCGGGCCAAUUUUUUUCUGAAAAAAAUAUCAGAGAACAACAAGAUUAAUCCUGAAUCUUGACAUAAAUCUUUUAAAAAAUGAAGAAAAAAUGGUAAUAAAUUCUCUCUUCUCAUUUUUAUUCAAAAAUCCAUCUUCCUCCUUUUUUUCUUCUUUUUAAUAUUAAUUGAUUCAAGACCACCCAAGAUAAAAAACAUGUAGACACCCAAACACACACACAACAGCAAAAAAAAACAAUUGACUAUUUCCGCACCACAUUACUUAUUUCAUAAUGUAUUUGCCCCAUCAAUUUUUGGUCUGUUGAGUUGAGUUGGUGCAAUUUAGUGGUUGACUGGCUGAAAAUGUUGGUUUUUUGGGGGGAGUGAAUUUUUGAUGUUUUGGACUUGUUUCAUGAUCAUUAAAACAUUUUUUGGGAAGUUUUGAAUUUCACGAAAAGCUUUGAAGAUUUUCUGUAAAACUAGAAAUUUUUAAAGGAAGAUUUUAUAAAGUUCCUGGAACUCUAGAAAAAUUUUGACUUUCAUGAUUUUGAUAUUUUGAACUUGAUCUUCAGUUUUUUUUGCUCGGAUUUUUUUUGAAAUAUGAUCUGACUCCAAAACUUUUACUCUCGUUAUCUUUAGAUUGAUCUUCAAAAUUUUUUGUUUGGAAUUUUCGGAGCCUGUGCAGAUCUAAAAAAUUCUGAAAAAUGAGUUCCAAAACGUUCCUGAUGUUCUGAACAUUUUUGAGUAUCAAAAAUUUUUUUUUUCAAAUUUUAUUGUGAAGUUCUGAAGUUUUUGAUUCUAUUUGAGGCGAAUUUGAACUUCCAGAACUAGAAAAUUUUUUUUUCCAAAAAUCAAAAACAUUUUUUUCUUUUCUCCACCCCAAUCUGAAUGCUCUUCUCACAUCAGUGACCCAAAAAGUUCCAUGUUUUGUUGUGACACAAAAAAAAGGCGAAGAGUUAGUUUGUUUCUUGACUGCUUGAUUGAGCAUGUACAUACAUUUUGCCGGAUAAACGAGUGACUUUUUUUUGUUGCUUGCGUUGUGGGUGAAAAGGCGUGGCGUGCACGCUCGGAUAUGGUGAAGAAAAAGGCGAAAAAAAAGAGAGAGAGAGAGCGCUAGCGAGAGAGAGAGAUUAGCUGUUGAUAAUUGAGAAUUAAUGAGGGCAAGAAAAUUGGAGCACAAAAAAGAGGCGGAAAAAGGAAAAAAACGAGGGACACAAAAUGUUUGGCAUCUUUUGAAGAUAGUGAGAAAAAGAAGAAGAAAAAAGUUUUUAAAAGUGGGGGAUUGAUGAAUAUUCUAUUGACACGAUGUGUUGUUUUUUGCUGUUCUUGAACAAAUUAUAUUUAAUGAGGGGAGAGAUAGUUUUUUUUCGGAAUUUUUUUCUCAGCAGAAGCUUAGGGUCUGAAAACUAUCUGAAAACUAUCCUAUAAAAUUGGGAAAAAUAAAAACUGUGCUCAUUUGAAAGAGCCUGUUCUGAUUAGUACUUUUUUUCAAACUUUGAAAUUUUUAACCAUAAUUUGAGAAGCUUACGCUCAAUCUGGAACGGCACAAAAUUCGGAAUUUCAAAUUUUUAAAAGUCCUGAUUAAGCUCGGUCUUUCAAAACGCACAAUAAUUUAGCUUCAUGUUUUAAUUUUCAAAAAGCCAGAACUUUUUCCAAAUUCCAAAAAAAAAGUUUUUUUCUCAGAAUCCAUUUACAUCACAUCAAAAACCAUGUCUCAAAGUCUCCCAUUUUUUCAUAGACCAAUAAGAAUUUCUAAUUAAAAUUGGUGAUGUCUGCACUUUUUUUGUGUGGGAUCAUGUUUUUCUUCUCAAAACCAUAUGCACAUUUCUUCAUUUCAUCUCAAUUUUUUUUUGAAAAGCAAGAACAAGUUUUUGUUGUAAGAAGCAAAAGAAAAGCGGGGAUCUGAGUGAGCUCCGAAUUUUUUUUUUAUUUUCUGUCGAGCACACAGUCCCAUGAGACAACGACAUUCCACUCUACUUCGCCAUACACACACACAUUUUCGCCACCAAAUCAAUUUCACCACUUUCUUUUCUUUUUUUGGAGCAAACUUUUUUUUUUGGGAAAAUGCAACAUGAGACGGAAAUUUGAGAAAAGAAUGGAAAAACAAUGAAAAUGAGACGAGAUACAAAAUUUAGGGACUAUCUGAAUUGGGCUUGAGAAAUCUGGAAAGGUUCAAUUUUCAUCACAGUAAAAUUUGGGACACUGAAAAAGCUCUCUGACAUAAAAAAUCAAGUCAUUUUGAACUUUUUCUUGAAAAUUUUCGGUUCCAAAGUAGAGAAUGUUUCAAAAAAAAGUUGUGUAUGGUCCGAUUCCUAUCAAUCGAAGUUUGAAAAAAUUGUUUUAAAAAAUUAGUUUUGGCUUCUAAAUUUUUUCAGAAAUAUUUUCAGCAUGAAUUUUCUGUUGUAUUUUUCAAUCAAAAUUCUGGAUUUGAGAAUCCGUGCUUGCCUUUAGAUUUUGCCACGUCAUAACUUUUUUUUCCAAAAAAAUUUUUGCUAAUUCAGAAAAUUUGUUCGAAACGAAAAUUACAACUUUUUGAAAAAAAAUUUAAAAUCACCAUAAAUUUUAGCCCAAAAUUUCAUGGAUAGAAAAUUCUGAAAUCAUUUUUUUUUUCAGUGAAAAAAUAGUUCUGCUCUGAAUUUGAUUUCGAUCUUUUCAAAAUUUUAUUAUAAAAACCACAUGGAUAAAAUUUGUAUCAGAUACAUCGUGAAACGAGAUUUUCGGCUUCCACAGUUUUUGUCAAAUUCUAGAGUUUUCUUGCACAGUAUUCCAAUAUUUUCCCCAAAAACUUUGUGAUUUUUCGAAAUCUUUAAAACUUCUGAUCGACAAUGUUAUAUUUUUUUUGCUAUUUCUAUUUCUUGUUGACAUCUUUGUCACAUAUCCGGCUUUCUUCAAAUGUUGUUGUUGUUGUUUUUUGUUGUUGCGCUUCUUCUCUAUAUCAUCUGAAAACUGGAACGAGAAAGAGAGAGAAUUUCCCCUUCGUUGAUGUUUUUUCUGCAGGCGGGGGUGGUUGAUUGAAGAGAGGAAGAAGGAGGUCCAAUAAAAACAUACCACCCUCAAAAAACUGCAACAACAAAAAAUAAAUAAAAACGGAAAAUAUGGGGAUUUUUUACAUAUAGCUAUGUUUUUUUUGCAGACACAAUCAAUAAAUUAGAAGUUGCAUAUUCAUCGUUCGACACAACACUUUCACGUUUCGAUUGUCAGAUUGCAAACGAUUCAGCAACUGCGACAAGACCAUUUUCGCCAAAUGCAACUUGUGCUAAUUGCAAGGUUGGUUCAGGGUGGGGUGGCUGGUUAACAUAGCCGCUAGCCUGGCUGAAAAUUUUUUAGAAGGCAGAAUUUUAGAAAAAAAAUUUCUACCUGAAAAAUUUUUUCUGCGGUUUUUGAGAUCUGACAAACUUGUGAUAGAUUUGUUAGAGACAAUUAUUUUUUGAUUUAUCAGGAAUGUUUCAGAGAAAUUCAAGAUGAGGAAUAUUUUUGAUCUGAAGUUUGAGGUUUAGGGUAGUAAAUUAAUUAGGCUAAUUCAAUCAAUUCUUGAUAAUAACUAGCAGAAGACGUGAAGAAUUCGAAUUUUCUGAUUUCAAAAAUUCAGAUUUCAACUUGAGAAAACCGUACAUAGCUUUCAUGUCUGAAAAUAGAUUCUUUUUCGAAUUUUGUCUCGAUCAUUCAGUCUCAAAAAUUAGAGAAUCUCUUAAAUUCUUAACUAAAAUCAAGCACAUCUAAGGCUCAGAAUUUCUCGAAUUAUAAUUGAGCAAAAAAAAAAUAAUUGUCAUUUCAUUUCAUUUCAUCAUUUCCUUUUCCACCACAAUUUUCAUACAUAUUCUCACAAUCAAAUUAGUGUCCAAAGAUUCUCGAAUUUCUCCAACGCGCACUUCUUCUUCUUCUAACUCGCCUACACAAUUUUCACACAUCCACUCAACAACAAAAAGUGUGGAGCAAACAAAAAAGACUGAAUUCUUCUUCUUCUUCUUCUCCCGGCACACACGAAAAAUAUGCACGCCGAAAUCUAAUAAUGUGCCACAUCGAAUGCAAAUUCUUUACACCCCGAUAUAUUCUAUUAUAUUUUUCCCCAUAUUUUCUCAGGUCAGGGGGUUUUCCCCUCCCUCCAUGAAAAACUUUACCCCACACAACAAAAAAUAACAACAACUGGAGUGGGAUAAAUUGCCUCGAGGCAACAAUUUGAUGGCUUAUUUGAAAAGUAUUGGACCUUCCUUCUUUCCAUUCUUUUUCAAACAAGGAAAAAUUGAUGGACUCUAUUAGGCAAAAUGUACUGCGUCUCUUCAUUUGUUGUGAUAUUCAUUUAAGAGAAUCUGGGAAACAACACAAAUGAGCUUGCCAAAUUCGUGGGAAUUUGUUUAUUUGUUUUUGGUCAAGGGAAUUCUUUAACUUUGGCCAUUCAAUACUUUAUUCAUUCAUUCAUUAUGAAUUAAUGAAUGAAUUGGAAUAAGAGAAGAGACAAUAAAGGGACCAAAGAAAGUGUUCCGAAAAAAUUAGAGCAAAGUUCGGGUAGUGUAGAGUUAGAAUAACUGUUUAGGGACUAUUUUUUUGAUUGGGGAAUAGAUUUUGCUUAGACUGUGGAAGAAAAAUACACUAGCGUCGGAUGGAUUUUGAUUCAGAGUGUUUUGAGUUUUUUCUACGCUAUAAACUUUUUUAAUGGCAAAAUAUAAUUUUUCUGACUGUAAAAAUGUAAGAACCAAUGAAAUCCUGAGAUAAAAAUGUAUUAUUCACUAGCCUAAACUUCUAGAACUUCCCAAUCUGUUCGAAAUAUUUUAAAGUAGAUCGAAAUUAUAUGUUUGAUAUUGUGUUGGGAUUUUUGAAUUUCCAAGAAAGAAACCCUCAAGAAUGUGUCAGGUCUCAAAAAAUGUUAAGAAAGUGAAUAGAAAAUUACAGAAAAAUACAAUUUUUUGGCCCGAAAUAUCCUUUCAGAUUAUAAGUUUUUUGUUAAAAAAUAUUCAACAAUGAAGGUUUUAAAAUUCAAAAUUCACACCAUUCUGAAAAUCCACAAAAAUCCUCCCAAUUCAUAUUUCCAGCUAUGGUAUCGCCGAUGGUUAUUGGUUCAAGAAUUGAACAUCUGGAAAUCAAAACCAUGCAUCAAUUGGUGUUAUUAUACGCAAUUAGCAUGUCCACAUUUAGCGCCAGCAAAAGUGUGGGAUUAUGCGGGUCAUCCAUCUUUUCAAUGUCGAGGUAAGCUCAUUUUUUGAGCCAGUUGCUCAAAUUUUUCACCCAGAAAGUUUAGACAAGUUCAAAAAAAAAAUUUUUUUUUGCAGACAUGGACAUUGAUAGUUGGCGUCAAGAAUGUGACUGUAUUCAUCCAUGUGACGUUCAGGGUGUUGUUCCAAAUGGUACUAUAGGAAAUGAACCAUCAAUUAGGCACGACUUUUUUGCUGCAGAAGUAUGUUUACUAAAAAAAACAAUAAAAUUUGUGUGUUCACAUUAAGGUGAUGUAUGUGUUGUUGAGUUGUCAACAAAUGACUUUUUUGUAGAUUAGUAAAAUUUUGAAUUACAUGGGUUAAAUUGCGAGAGGUUUAAGGAUCAACCUUAAAAUCAAGUCUUGAAUUUAAUACCUGAACUUGAAAUUUUACAUCUAGACUUCUGAACUAGUAAAAUUUUGUGAAGAAUAUGAAACUUUUUCUCGAUUCAAUUAAAUUUUGAAAUUUUCCAGGUCCACUGCAAGCAACGUAAAAAAGAAUGUCAAAAGCAAGCAUCAAAAAAAAGUUCACAAACAACAAAAAAACCAACAACAACAUCAAAAAUAACAUCAACAACAACAACAACAUCAGAAACAAUAACAUCAAUAGGUUUCAAUUGUUGGACAACACAUCGGCUAUUCCAUUAUUUUCUACUAAUACUAUUAUGGAUGUUAUAUGAGUAGUCCAAUUUAGUAGAUACCAUGUUAUUUUUCCAUUUGUUGGUUGUUAUGUUGCAUUUUUUUUGAAACAAUACUUGACUACAAAACACGACGUGGCGUGCUGUGAUAAUUCUAUUUUACCGGUGAACAAUCUUUCCAGGUUGGUUUUUUUCGGGUUCGGAGUUGACUCAACUCGAUCUGAGGUUUGCCCCCUUUUAAAAAAAAUUUCGAAAUUCAUGUAUACUUUCUGGAUACAAUAUUCAUUUUGAAACCCAAAUUCGAAAAAAAUCCGAUUAAAGUCGAGUCGAAUUUAUCGACUUGACUUAACCAGACUUAGCCCAAGUCAAAACUCUCCCCCGAAAAUCAAUAAAUCUCGAUUUUUCCAGAGUUUUCUGCUCGGUUGCAUACAAUCAUCUCCGCUCAAUUAACAAUUAUUUUAUUCAUUGUGCUAAAUCUUUCAAAAAUUGA